AGGCUUUUCGUAGCCACUACUUAGAGCUGAGUUUGGCAUCAGUCAUCUCUCAGCCUCUAACACGAACACCACCGCAUCGUUUUAUUUCUGCAGCUUCUUCCCACAUUCGAAGAUGACUUUUCAAGAAAUCCUCGCAGUUUUGGCUGUUGCCUUCUGCAUUACCAAGGCUGGCGAAACCACCGUCUCCAAGAUGGUCUUUUUUGACAUUGAAAUUGGCGGCAAAGAAGCUGGCCGAAUUGAGUUUGGUCUUUUUAUGGAAACAACUCCAAAAACUGCAGAAAACUUCUAUCAAUUGGCAACUGGAGAAAAUGGUUAUGGUUACAAAGGCUCCAAAUUCCAUCGAGUUAUUAAAGAUUUUAUGAUCCAAGGUGGUGAUUUCACUGAUUUUGAUGGUCGUGGUGGCAAGAGUAUUUAUGGUUACCAGUUCGACGAUGAAAACUUUACACUUAACCACACAGGACCUGGAUGGCUCAGUAUGGCAAAUGCAGGCACCGAUACAAAUGGAUCCCAGUUCUUUAUUACAACAAUAAUCACCAAGUGGUUGGAUGGACACCACACUGUCUUUGGCAAGGUGAUCAAAGGCAUGGAUGUUGUUCGCAAAAUUGAGUCCACAGACACAGACGAUAAGGACCGACCUCUGCAAGAUGUUGUUAUUGCUGCAUGUGGCAGUGUGCCGAUGAGUUCUCCAUUUGAUGUCAGCAAGGAAGGAAUAACUGACUGACUACUCACUCACGUUUAUCUUUUUUGAGUUCGAAAAUUAGAUUUAUUUAAAAUAAAAUUUUGUAAAAUAUAUUCAAAUGAAUAUAAAAAAAAAAAAUUAAUACAUACAUAUAAAAACAAAAAGAGGUUUCUAUUUGCAAAAAUGCUUUUAAUUUUGAAAUUUUCAUUAACUUUUAUCAUUAUUUUUGCUAUAAAUUUUUUUGUUUAUGAAUAGUGAAUAUGUGUUAAAAUGAAAAUUAGUUUAAAUUAAUUUUAUGGACAUAUCUAGAUUUUUUCCCAUUUGGCUAAUAAUUUUUUUAUGAAUUAUGAUACAAGUUUUUUUUUAAAUUUUUAAUGAAAAUUUAAUAUUUUGAAUAUAAAAUAUAUUUUUUCUAUUUACCAGUUUAUCAUGUUAUACUGACAAAAUAUUACCUACAAAAGUUGUGGAAGCAAUUAUACCAGAUCAAAUUGGUCUUCAUUUAGUCCUAUAGAACCUGGACCAUAAUCUUUCAAAGUGAAAUUUUUGCUCAUCAGAGAUGCUAUUUCACUCAGAUAAUCCUUUCACUGCAUUUCUUGAUCCCACCUGUACCAUAUACUCCUCCAACUGAUUAACUAUAAAUAGAAGGUUCAUUACAAUGUCUCUGCCAAAUUUGAGCAAGAAGACUCAAAUCUGCAUUUAUUAAAGAUCUUAAAAUGUUCAUUUAUAAAAGAAAUGUUAUAUAUAUGUGCUAGCAGCAGCAUAUUGGGAAUGUAAAUCAGAAAAGUACAAAUUUCAUAUAUAUUUCAUAAUUUACUCUACAGCUGUUUCAACAAAGUAAAGACAUAAUCAUAUGUAUAAUUACAUAAUUAUUAGGUUGUCCGGAAAGUUUUGAGCACUUUUUAAUACGCAAAAAUGAAUAUACUUCAUAAACUGUACUUUUAGAAACUUCCAACUCCUUUGCAAGUUCUCUAGUCAUGAUAUUUGAAUGUUCUUCGAUUUUUGCCUUCAAAGUAUCUUCACCCCAUUUUGAAGGUCUUCUACUGCGACUGUCAUUUCCAAGCUAAGUUCUCCAGCUUUAAAUUUUGCAAACCACCUUCGAACAGUUGCUUCACCUACAGCAUCAUCAUCACCAUAAACUUCGUAAAUGUUUUUACAAGUCUUUGCAGCAUUUUCUCCUUUUUUUAAGAAAGCAAAGUAUUACAACGGGAAUAUGAAAUUGUUGGUUAUCUAUUUCAAAUGUGUCAAUAAAGGGCAACCAGAAA